AACAAAUUUACCAAAAUCUUGACGCUCGGUCAGGUUCCGGUUCACUCCGUGUUCUAAGACGCCUCACGUGACCAGGAUCGUCCAAUUAGAAAAUCGUCUACAAAUUUUCGGGAGGGUUAACAACUCAUAGGCGACCAUUUUUCAAAGCUUUAGAUUUUUGUUGUGUGUUGAAAAAUCUGGCCAUUUCUCGACUCAAUCAAGGCAAGCGGCAUUGAACAUAACAUUUUGGCUGUCCGCAUCAACUGGGCGACACAUGUGUGCUGUGUUGUGGACAAUUUACUAGCGAACAGAACCUGUAAGAGUUGAAUGUAGCGAACGAAGUAUUCUCAAAAGGAACGUCGAUUUCGAAUGAAGAAAACAUAGAGAUUGUUGACUCGCAAAAGCGGAAUGAACGCUCUAUAAACAAGUGGAAGGAUACAGUUUUCUUACCCGGUUGUCAACAAGCCGAUUUGUGACAACUUCGCGUUGUAAUUCCUCUGAAGAUGUCGGCAACUCGAGCACUACCGACUGUAAACGAAGGAGGUGCACCGCUAUUAAAGGAAGAACCACGGUCCUCGAGUUCUUCGGGUCGUUCCCGAAACAGAGCUGGCACAGGAAGCGAUGACAUACAUAUUGGCAACUAUAAACUUUUAAAAACUAUCGGCAAAGGCAAUUUUGCUAAAGUUAAACUGGCCAAACACACGCCGACGGACAAGGAGGUUGCGAUCAAAAUCAUCGAUAAAACCCAAUUGAAUCCCAGUAGUUUACAAAAGCUGUUUCGGGAGGUUCGCAUCAUGAAGUUUUUAGAUCACCCCAAUAUAGUGAAACUUUAUGAGGUGAUUGAAACAGACAAAACGUUAUAUCUGGUCAUGGAAUAUGCAAGUGGAGGAGAGGUAUUUGAUUAUCUUGUUGCUCACGGAAGGAUGAAAGAGAAGGAAGCAAGAUCGAAAUUUAGACAGAUUGUGUCUGCAGUUCAGUAUUGCCACCAGAAGCAUGUCAUUCAUAGAGAUUUAAAGGCUGAAAACCUGCUGCUUGACUCUGAUAUGAAUAUCAAGAUUGCGGAUUUUGGCUUCAGCAAUGAGUUCACACCUGGCAACAAACUGGACACAUUUUGUGGCAGUCCACCCUAUGCUGCGCCGGAGUUGUUCCAGGGCAAGAAAUAUGACGGGCCUGAAGUUGAUGUCUGGAGUUUAGGAGUUAUUUUAUAUACAUUAGUCAGUGGUUCUCUUCCAUUUGAUGGACAGAAUCUUAAGGAACUAAGGGAGAGAGUUUUACGUGGAAAAUAUAGAAUACCUUUUUAUAUGUCGACAGAUUGUGAAAACCUAUUAAAGAAAUUUCUAGUUUUAAAUCCAAUGAAAAGAGUUCGCCUGGAGCAAAUCAUGUCGGACAAGUGGAUGAACAUUGGUCAUGAAGAUGAUCCUCUUAAGCCUUACAUCCAACCGUCGCCUGAUUUCACAGAUGAAAAACGUCUCGAUAUUAUGAUUCAAAUGAACUUCACGAAGGAUGAAAUACGAACGUCUUUGUUGAACAAUCGUUAUGACGAGGUCAUGGCAACGUAUUUACUUUUGGAUGAAAAACGGGCGAACCUUUCGAUAACGAUGAACGACUUGAUAGCGGCAUCGCAUUCCUCGUCGCUCACGACGCCUUCUCGGGAACCUUCGUCGCGCUCGGGUGGUACCGGACGGAGCAAGAAUGACCGUCAUGGCGCGAAAACUAAUCGAGAGUUGAUACGAAGGCAUUCGCACGGUGACAGGGUUCCUAAUAAGGCUCUUGUGUAUAAUAGGGCAAACAACGCUGGUGACAAGGGUGGUCAAACGUGCGACAAGACGGAAUCAAAUAAAGACGACAUGGCCGCUACGAAUGAUAGAGUAAUCUUGGGUCAGGCUUCAAAUCCUAACAAGGACGAGUUCCCUGACCGGGGUACCAGAAGGAUAAAAGGUGGUGGAAGGCAACAUAGUCUACCUCCCGAGAAGAUUCGAAGGAAUACCUACCACGAUAAGAAGUCGAGCGCUGUACCAGAUAGAUCUGGCACUAGCAUGAGUGACAACCAAUCAUCGGCCGUCUCGUCUCAAACCAACGGCAGUAGGACGAGCAAAGGCGGUCCUCCGUCGUCAAGACAGAAGCAACCAACAUCGCUUACCAAUCGCAUGGGACCUGUGCGAAGGUCUUUACCGCCCGUUGCUGUGACGAGGGAAAACGAUAGACUAAGACCCGGCUCUGCCCCAGGCACCCGCGGCGCCGAACCAGGAGGUACAGCCAACAGUCGCUUUGGUCACCGACAGACACCGCAACGGAGUACGUUUCACGGUGGACAAACACGACAGAAACAUUACCAGGAGAAUGGACCCGAUUCUGGCCUGCCUCAUGACGUCACCAGUCCAACACGAACCUCGUUGCUAAGUAAACUGACGUCACGGUUUAGUCGAAGGUUCGUUCGGUUUAAUCGAAGAGGCUUGAAUGAAGUAGGGAACGAGAAACCGAGAGCACUUCGUUUUACCUGGAGUAUGAAGACGACAAGCUCAAAGGACCCGCUAACGAUGAUGGACGAAAUCAAACGUGUCUUGGACGAGAAUCGCUGUGACUAUGAACAGAGGGAGAAAUUUCUCCUAAUUUGUGUACACGGUAGUCCAGCCGAAAUGAAUAACGUGCAAUGGGAGAUGGAGGUCUGCAAACUACCACGGUUAUCUCUGAACGGUGUGCGUUUCAAACGAAUCUCUGGAAGUUCCAUCAAUUUUAAGAACAUUGCUUCGAAAAUCGCGAACGAAUUGGAACUCUGAGGCGAAUACGAGCAAUGUAGCAACAUGUAACAAUUAGUCGCGUUGAUGUUUCGUUCAAUCAACUUUGACGAUGAAAUCAUAUUGAAAUUACUGGAAUACCUUGGUUCGAGGGAAGAAAUUUGAGAGAGAUCUCUGGGGGGGCAGCUAAGAGAUGAGUGAAAUUUCAGACCACGCGAAAUCUGAAAUGCCCAAGAAAUUCUAGGAUUUGGAAAGUGAAUUCCUGAAAAGGAUCCAGGAGUCGUGAGUGGACGGGUGGGUGCACUGCAGUAUAUCGCGAAGAAUGUGGAAUCUCGUGAGUAAAUACGAUUGAAGAUUUUGAUGAAUACUGACAGAAAACUCUGGAUGAGAAGUAACAAUAUUGGGUUUUGUCAAUAUCUAUUUGUAUUUAAACAACUAUAAGGUUUUUCGUGCAUUAUAUGCGAAGAACGUUCAGAGAAUAUUGUAGUCAAAGUGCAGUUGUACUGUAACUCUUUGCUCGAAAAUGUGGUGUAAAUAGUAUUUAAUUUUUCCUCUGGUUUUUCAAAGGACUCACACUAACUGACAAGACUUGCACGAAGCGACUGCCGUUCUUGAAUUCGAAUUAUCGAAGAUGGAUUUACGCGAGCGAUCUCGUGAUUUUUAUAUUAAUUCAAAUUUUGAUAGCCCACAAACAAUCUGUGAAACAAAAAUAAAAUUUUGGCCCAUUGAAGGCGCUCUGACCUAGCAAUGUCUGAAAUUAUUUCAUUUGCGGAGGUCUACCCACCCUGUUCUAUUAUUUGCGCCCGAUAAUAAUCUCCGAUAAUUUGAACACAAGUAUGGCAUGGAUGAGGGAGUAUCAUUGAGCUCCGUAUUUAAACUGGAGUGAGAAUAUGCAUCCGAAAAGUUAAACUAAAAGAGAGAGGUUGGACAAUCUUGUGAUUUUCCUUCGUUCGUGUUUUUACUUCGAUAUGAACAGUAAAAUAAUCGUUCUGCAAUCUGUUAGUUAGGCUGGUUUUAAUUUUGUUUAGGUUUUCGUAGCUCAGUUGGCCGAAUAUAACAGUUCUUACUCCAGGUAUAUAUAUGGAGCUCACAUGAGAAUAUUGGCUUACGGAGCUAAUAUGGUUGUUGAUUCAACAAUGGCUGUAAAAUGUAUAGCAUUUCAAGUAACUGUGAGUUUUGAAAGGAGAAAAUUUAUUUUAACUCUUCCAUUCUCGCUGGUCGAGAUUCUGCCUCUGUUCUGUUAUCUCAUCCCGUGCGAGUUCUUAAAUCAGAUGCAUUUCACAUUUCAACUUUGUUUAUCCCUCUUAUAUGAAGACUAUAAUAUUAUAUCCUAACUGUU